AUGCCCUGUCUGGUGGUCGGCCUUCCCUUGUACGUGCUGGCACACUAUGGCCGUCGUGACUUUGUUUUUUCGACCGCCUCUGAGCGCGUGACACGGCCGACGCACAAGACGGAAUGGAACGUCGUUUCAGCCAACUUAACCCUCUUGCCAGAGAGUGUGGCCAAGCGCUACGGCCUGCGCCACACCCUGGAGCGCGCUCGCCAUUCGGCUGUGCGCAUCAUGUCUGCCAUACACACCACGGCCAACAAGGAGCUGCAUCGCGAAAUGCCCAUCCAAAACACCCUCAUGCACUUUCCCACUGCAGAUUUCGUCUGCUUUCAAGGCGUACAUGAUCACAACGCCUAUGACCGCCUACAGCAUGCCCUCAACAUCCACUUCCCCUACAUUCUCGGCGAUCCAGGGGUGUGGGUCUUUCGAAAAGGUCGCCUGGUCAUGGGAUCAGGCCUCAUGCUGGCCUCAAAGUACCCAAUCAUGGCUGCGCGCUACGUGGAGUUUGCACGCGCACCGCUUGGCCGCCAUGGCCGAUCCCAGGGUGUGCUGCAAGCUAAAAUCUUCCUUUCCAAAAAGCGCCGCACACGUGUCGGCCAUCGCCGCACCGUGGCUUACAUCCAUCUCACGCAUCUGAAGAUGAACAUGUCACGCAAAGAAAAGGCCGGGCUCCUGGAUCAGCUUGAGAAGCACGUGGCAGACUUUCGGCAUGAUACCCAUGUCAUGGAGCACGAGGUGGUUGGGUUUCAAAUCUUGGCUGGUGAUCUGGGCUUUGAUAACACGGGAACCGACUCGGCCUGCAAGCAUCCCAUCUUGCGACAAUAUCACGACGUGUUUCGACAGUCGGUGGGCAAGGAUGUGCCACACUCCAUUGGCACCAGGUUGCAGCCACAGCAAAUCGCGCUGGCGCAAGAGCCUCGCCUUUUGCGCAACAUGCUUUUAGAUCCCGAGGAGCGGGCGCACUUGAUCCAGCCCUGUACACACCACGACACACGGCGGUCGUCGCGGCGUGCGUCUGAACUGGGGGACAGCGAUGCACUCGAGAUGGAGGCGCAGGCCAAAGUGCCCGGUGCUGGACGCACGUCCUACGUUUUGCUCCAGCACGCCACGCCGCCCCAGCUCCCAGCUCACCCCCAGCAGACAAAUGUGAUUACUGCCCUGGCCGGUCAAGCCUGUCAUCUGCCCGUCCACCUCAUGUUUACACUGGGCGAAUCCGACGACAGUCAUCAAACGGCCCUCUCCAUGGCUCUCAAGGGCAGCAGUGCGCCAACACCAGAGCCGGACAUGCCUGCCAUGGUCUGGAAGGCCCUGAUGCAUCGUCUGAUGCUGCUUGGCAAUAGGCUUCACUUGUCCAACGGCGACCUCCGAUCCCAGAGCGUCAACUCCUUUUUAAACCCGCCCAAUCGUGGCAUCGGUGGAGGUGGCAGUUCUGUCAACGUGCCCAGCUUGGCAGCGGCAUACGUGGGUGCACAAACGACACAAAAUGGGGUGGAUGACGACGAUGAUCUGGCCCUCUUUCAGACCCAUUUUUAUCGCGGUUGCAUUCGCAUUGGCACCACCAAGGCCGAGGCACGGAUUGAUGAGCUGGAUUUGGACUCGGCCUCGGCAACCUCUUCCGAGGGUGAAAACUCGACAAACUUUGUGGUUGAUGUCUCCGAGGUUUGA